AUGGACGACGUCGACGGAAGCGUGGACUCAAACUCCGCUAUUUCCGCGCAAAACGUACCCACGUUUUUCCUUAUGCGUCCGUAAGUGGUGCUCCGAUGGUAUCCAGCGUAUGAACGCUUCACGAAUGCUUCUAAUAGUUAGCAGAACAUGAUACAUAUGUAGAGCUGUCCUUUCAACACUAAGUCUGUUAAAGUACCCCCAACUUUACUAUUCUACAUAACUCAUCGGCAAACGCCGUAAAACUACUCAUAAAUCACAAAAAUUAACUCGAAGACAUUAGUAAAGGACACGAACCUAGCAUAAGUUAAAAUAUCAUUAAAUCAGGAGAAAAUCGAUUCCGGCACACUGUGGUGACGAUCACGCCGUUCAGCACGCAGAUAUUAGUAGCCGAGUUAAAAAAAGUCACGAUUAAUUAAGGUCAUCCUUGUAUAAAUUUCCGAAGAGGUUUAGUAUAUCGUAAAAAUAUUGCCUGUUCUGCACUGGAUAAUAUAUUUUUGCGGCGAAAUAUGGGCGUGAAUACAGUGUCGCAACACUUAAGAAAACUUUUUUCCCGUCCACUUGUCUUACGGGAAUGGAGGUAGUUUGGGUUGUAUGGGUGGGGCCUCUAAAACGUGCCAAACAUCAAGGAAUAAUAUGCGCGACACUGGUAUCAUACCUAAAUAUGUACCCGGGAGGGUUUUAUUACUUCCAUUACCGAUCUUCAGCUUUCAAGAAAACGCGUGGUUCCUGAAUACUUCCCAUGUUCCGAAUUAAAGAGGCCGUAUUCCCGUCUAACUCCCCUGCUCGCCCCGCGUAUGAGUGGGCCAUGUGCUAGGAGGGACCUGUAUUUACUUCCUCAGGAGUUUUUGUUCCCUUGUAGCCCGAUCCGUGCCGUAUCUUUCUUUGACAAUGCCUUUGAUCUUAGCAAAGCCUUUGAAAAGGUGCCCCAUAGACGGCUUUUCGUAAAAUUGGAAGCUCUCGGCAUCCGGCAGCUUCUACUCGACUUCAUCAGGUCCUAUCUGUCCAACAGAUAUCAGAAAGUCAUGGUCGGUAAUAGCUACUCCACACCUCACUCGAUCACAAGUGACGUACUUCAAGGCACGGUUCUGGGUCCGCUACUCUUCCUUCUGUACAUCAAUGAUAUUUCGACUGAACUCGGAAAUUCGCAAACUUUUACUUAUGCCGAUGACCUCAAGUGUGUUUACUCAUACUCUAAGGACACCGCAAAUGUUUGUGUUGAAAAAAUUAAUGCCGAUUUACUACGCUUAAGCAGAUGGGGUUCGACAUGGCAGAUGGAGUUUUCAUCAUCCAAGUGUAGUUUCAUGUCUUUUGGCCCUACCAAACUUCCUGGUCCCAUAAUUUUUCAGAAUAACCCACUCUCAGAAUGCCUCACCAUAAAGGACCUAGGUCUAAGUUAUACAAAUAAACUUGCAUAAUCACCUCAUGCAGAUAGAAUCUCUGCCAAAGCCGCGCAGAUAUGUGGAUACAUAUCGCAUAAUUUUUUCCUUCCGGAAAUGAAGCUAAGAAUUUAUCAAAUGUUUGCUCUUUCAGUCCUCGAAUACUGCGUUCCUUUCUUUGGUUUAAUGAACGUCUGGAAACUAUUCUCUCAAGCUUCGUCCAGUAUUUCUUAUACUCAGAGAUGUCAGCUGGCGAACACUAAGUUUUUGUGGGUUAGAAGACUCGAAGCUGGCCUUUGCUUCCUUUUUCGCAUCAACUCUAGCUCCAGUCUUCCGCUCAUUGACACUCUCACUCCGAGACAUCGGCCUUAUGCCACGCGCAACUCCUGCAUGGUGAUUCCGCCGCCACCUUGCACUACAUCUAAGCGUUCCCUCUUCUUUGCUUCCAAAUAUGCUUUACUUUGUAAUAAUCUUCUGACAGAAAUUAGGUCAUCGCCUAAAUUAAUGGUAUUCAAGUCGAAAUAACGCAAACAUCUUACACCGGAAUGCAUAAGGGCACUGUUAACGGUCUCAUUCUCGAACACUCAGAUUCUUGACUUCGGGAGGGGUCCUCCUGAGAUUUAAGUGGUAACCCUCAAUUAUAUUAUUAGAAAUUUCUCUUUUGAAUUGGUUGCUAAAUUUGCUGCUAUCACUCCUCCCCCAUAGCGACGAUUUUCGCGUUUCUUGAUGUCAUCUCCCGCAUUUCGACCUCAUGCGGUCUGCCAACGCUCACGGCGGAACCCUCAGUAUUCACCGUCUACUAGUAGUUUGGUCGUACCUUCCUUCCCCCACUCCUUGGCUGUGCUUGAAACGUACUGUGGCCGAUCGCGUCAGGGUUCCUCUCGUCUCGCCUCUUUGACGCGAAUCGUCUCAUUCGGCGUAUCAAUGCUGCCCUCACGAUGUCAGUUCUGAAUUCGUCACAAAAAUACCACAUACUGACCUGUCCUGUUCGACCAGCAUACGUAUCUCUCAAGGCUGACAUUUAUUUCUGCCCUGACGAUGUCCGAUUAUAAUCCGUUAUAUACCGCCACAUACAGGCCAGUCCUGCCCGCAUACUUCUGUUAUUAUUUUUCAUCGAGGGUUUUUUUUCUCCUGUAAAAUUAAUCCAAUCAUUUUUAAAUCUUUGUAUGGACUUUCUUCACCUCUCCUAGUCAUUUUUGUCAACGGACUACUAAUUCAGAAACUAUGAAUUGCAUUUUGUACAGAUUCUGCCUACCUAGUCUAAAAUUCGUAUGUAGAUUUAUUUUUACUUGCUUUAAUGGGACCCCGAUGGGUCUUUAAAAAUUAUUAUUAAAAUGGUUUUAAAUGCUUUCAUUAUUAUUAUUAUUAUUAUUAUUAUUAUUAUUAUUAUUAUUAUUAUUAUUAUUAUUAUUAUUAUUAUUAUUAUCGAGUCAGUGUUUGUGUCAUUGGCAGUCAUAGUAAUGAGAAUGGUGCUCAAAUAUAGAAAAUCGUGUCAAACUGUUUGUAGUGUAAUCAAUAAUCGAAAAUACAAAUUGAUAAUACAUACGGAAAAAAUUGGUUUUAAGUGAAAGAGAGUGUUGCGUUUUACCUCAAAAUUGCAUUGAAGAGAAUUUAAGGGCAGAAACGGCCAAGGUCAGUCAGUCAGUGUAUUUGAGGGAAAUAGGCUUACGCCUUUGAACUCCCUAUUUGUACAUAAAAAAUCGAUAAACAAGCAAAAAUGUGAAGAAAUUACAGCAUUUAGUGAAUGCAACAUUGAUUCACAUAUGUCACUAGUCACAUGGCUAAAAAGUCACAUAGUCCGCUUGUUGCUGCAACAUAUAUCUGUCAAGGCGACAGAUGAAUGUUGCCACAGAUUGAGACAUAACAACCGUCUCGGGCAGGUUUUUCCACGGUUCCACGACACGGUUGGUGAAGAAAUAUUUUCUCACAUUCAGUCUACCCUGGUGCACACGUAGCUUGAAGGGAUGUCCCCGGAGGUGAGCUGUAGUGGCGAGUUGGAAAAAGUCAUCGUGCCGAAGGGCACAAUCCAAGCCGCGCACGAUACGGAAAGUUUGUAUCAUGUCUCCGCGCAACUGCUUAUAACUCAGAGGAUAGAGAUUAAGGUUAGUUAAGCGGAUCUCGUAUUGACCUCUUAUUAAUUUUGUUGCUCGUCUCUGCACCCUUUCGAGCAGAUAGUAAUCCUGAUGCGUCCACGGUCUCCAGGCCUGAAUUGCAUAUUCGAGAUGGGGCCUUAUAAACGUGCCGAAGACUUUGGUGAAGCAGUCUUCAUCGAAAACUACGAAUGCCCGUUUGAUGGCAUAUAGCAUUGAGGUUGCGGCCUUGGCCGCCUUACAACAUUGUGUAGAAGGCUUUCAGCUGUCUUCAAACCAGACUCCGAGAUCUUUCUGCGUUUCUGCAUCUCGAAGUGGUAUUCCGUUCGGAUGGUAUUGCCGCGUAUUUAAGCUCUGAUUUCCGAGGCGCAGAAUGGUGCAUUUGUUCAAAUUGAAGGACAAGAGCCAUCUGCGGGACCACUCGUCCAAUCGACAAAGAUUUUCUUGGAAGUUGGUCUCAUCGGCGGCAUUCUGGAUGACUUUCCAGAUCUUUAUGUCAACUGCAAACAUGGCACAAUCACAGUCCAACCCAUCUACACAAUCAUUGAUGCACAAGAGAAAGAGGGUUGGUCCGAGCACCGAGCCUUGUGGGACCCCACUCUCUAUGAAUGUGCACCUUGAUUGCUGUUGUUCUACGCAGACAAUUUGGGAGCGGCCGACAAGGAAAUUUUCGAUCCAUUUGAGGAGUUUGCCACCGAUGCCCAUAAUUCUCAACUUGUGUAGGUGAAUUAUUAUGGGAAUUGACGAACAGUAAAGUCUUCACCAACACUAGGUUGUUUUUGUGUAAUAACAAAAAAGUUCCGUGCUGGUCCUUGUUAAUUACGACUGUCAUCUGCAUUAAUCCACGUCCGACAACGUGUGCUUGAGAAGUAGUCCCCAUGUUUAUCGUGUCCGACUAAGAUGAAUUCAAAUGAAUACAUGAGACUUGUGAAUCAUGGGCUCUGAAAUCAGAAUACGCGUUAUUGCGGGUCUAACUCGUUUAUUGCGUAUGUUUUAGCAUAUUCAAACCAGGGUGCGGUAAAGCCAGGUGUUUAGGAAAAUGCAAAGAGUCACUUCGAAAAGGCGCAUAGACCUACAAGUCGUAGUAGGGUAUUACGGUGCGACGCGAAAUAAAUAAGCAACUGGAUAAAAAUGGCAGUUUUUCCCUAUUUUGUAGCUUACUGACCCUCCCACAUGUAGAUCGUGUCUGUGAACUCCACUGUGAAAAUCGGGUCGGUAUAAAAUUUUUUGCGUCCUAGACUUCCACGAAUUCCAAAAGUACCCCAAACCCCUGAACUUUGUUAUAAUCUUCAUUACUUUACCGCCAAAUCAGUCGGCUUGUGCUGGUCGUCCUCUGGUACGUUUCCUGCUGUUGACUCUGUGAGAACUGUCGGAGUAAGUUAUUUAGUAGCAAUGUUCUAUAGUAAUCGUUUGAACAAAUUAGCGCCACGAAAGUGUAUUCUGUUUGUUGUUAUGUUUCCGAGUCGCGCUUUUAAUUAUCAGACCGUAUAUGUGCCGACAUAUAUAUGGUCGUUAAUCUACCAAGAGGCACCCUGGAAAAUCCGCACCUACGAAAGAUGAGAUUUUAAUCUUAACAAUUUCGGGAUAGUCCGUGAUUUGUCGUACCUCAUGUUUGCUGGUCUGCGGCAAUUGCUUAAGCGAUCAGUAGGGAGCUCUGUUUGUCGUGCUAUUUAUGACGUCUCUUGUUCCUUCCCUCCUUGAUUUUUCAGCCCCAGUGUGUUCUCUUCCAAAUGGCGGCCACAAGACGUCUGACCAAGGCAAGUUUGUUUUGGUAGAUAACUCUCUUCCAAAGAGUUUUCGUCUCUGUAGGGGCGAGUUGUCCAAUGAAUGCUUGAAGCUAGUUCGCUCUGUACACAGGUCUGGUAUACACGCGGGAACUCCUCCGCACGUGCCACCUAGCAGGUUUUUAUGGUUGCUACUCGUUUUGUGGUUUGUAUUUUGUGUCCGAUAGGUGCCAAGUUAGUCGGUAUACGCUGUCUACGCUAUACAGAGUCAUAAAUUAGUUCUGGGACUGUUAGCUACACCGAAAGUUCCUCAUCCGGUGUCAUAGCAAAGCAAGGUCGUUAGAAGUUGCUCAUUUAAGGUGUGUCCAAGGAUUCAUUCAUAUUUCGCCUGUUCUCAGUCAACCUAAGCAACGGUUGUUUUUUAAUCGCCCGUUUCUAAAAAGCAAGAAUACAUAGAUGAAUCCUUAGGACUUUCUGCUAGUUUCCGGACUGAAUUCUGCAGCAGUUUAGAAAACACGGUGUCCUCCUAAAGAUGAUGUUUUCGCCGCGGGCUUUUUGUGCUAGGUCACUAUGCGCACAAAAUGCGCAGUGCAAUCAGGGGCGAAAUAAAUAUAGGCACUUAUCGGCCGGAUACGUAGUGAGUCCUCAAAACGCAAUUGUGGCAGUACCAUUUAGGCACCAGUCAAUUUCAUUCAUGCUCGCUAGCCAGCGGAAAGAAAGCAGCGCCUCGCUGGAGCCGUGUGCAAACUAAUAACGCAGAGGCCCUAUGCAAGAGUAAUUUCAUUAAGAAUUGUCGAUAGAAGCAAAGAGGCGAGUUCAAGAAGACAGCUCAGAAGAGGAUGCAAUCGCUGAAACAAGAGGUCUACUGACCUGACGUUUUGGAUUCUCACACGAAUUCAUCCUCGGAGACCAUCAAAGACUUCCACCGUGUACGGUUUCGUGGCUCUUUCGGAACAGCCUACUUAUCGUUACACACCAGGAAUGCUCUUGAUUUUGCCGUCGAGUCUUAAACGUUAUAGAAUAGAGUUAUGUGCUCCUCUUACAUGUGGAUGGAGCUGUUUAAAAACGAAAAGACGCGGACUUCGGAGGCUCCAACGAGGAACCAAACUCACAACCGUGCCAUGUGACCUCAGCAGUUUGACGAAACAUGUGCGUGUGCCUUUAGCUGAUGCUUACAUUAUACACUGAAACUCGUUGGACAUUGGACGAAGUCCUUCAGAAUGCCUUCAAACGGUAAAGAUCACAUCAGUAGUAUUCCAAAACUGACCAGCAGUGAACCUUGUGCAACUUACUCUCCCCUCAGCAGACUGCGGACCACUGAAUAGCCCACUCAAAAAUUACCAGAAUAAUUUAAACAUGGACUCUUCCGUUUGUGUUUGCUGCCUAUACAGUCAACCAUAUCUCACAGACAGGAUACAUUCAAGUUCGUUUUAUGUGAGAUUCUGCAUUCAAAUGUUUUGCAAGUUGAGAAGAAAUAAUUCAGUUUUAAGUUUAUUAAUACCUACACGAUUUAAAACAGUCCGCGUUCCAACUUGUAGUUGGGAUCUCCAUAGUACUUGUAAUACAUUUUAUCAGAAGCACGUUUACGCAGACCUGUAUGUCAUCCUGAAGGUUUCCGUUGUGUUCUUCCAAUUUUUGUGUGUGUGGCUCGUGUUGCGCACUGUGAGCAUUUUUACCAAGUCGGGGUCUGCCGGGUCACGCGAGUAACUUCCAUGCGUUUUGGAAGCUGAGGUAGUCCCUACUUUUAAGUGAACAAUUUGGUGAGGACGACAUCUUUUCUAGAAUGUUCUGCUGAACGUGUAAAUGCAUCAGAAGUCAAGGGAAAGGUCCGCGCUACGUAGCUAGUACUUUUAGUGCAGUAUGUGUAGCCAGCUGGGAAAGUGCCCGUCUGAAUCCCGGUAUGGUACUUUGUCCUAACUAAUUUGGGCUUAUGCUUUAUACUAGUCAGUUUUGCAACUUUGCCUAAGUAACAUUUUCCACUUGGGAUCUUAUCGAAUGAUUCGGUCAGUGUUUCAUGACCUUCGGUACGGUGAAACAGUUCUUGAGUGAUGCACAAUGAGUGCCCUUAAUGUAUGAGUCUCCUAAUCGCGCCGUACUUUCGAAGUGCGUCAUCUCCAAAGACUGUUAUACGACUCAGGGUGGAAGCGAGACGUGCAUGCUUUACUUUUCUGAACGCCAUUCCGUCCUUUAAACGAAAUCUGGCCUAGGCGGUCGGAUUCUUUGCUUCCCCGGAUUUUGGCGAGACGAAUUGCACAAUGUUCCGACUUCAACUGUCUUCUGUUGAUAUCGGAACAUUUUCCAAUUAGUCCCACCAAAAUCCGGGGAAGCACAGAAUCCGACCACCUAAGCCAGAUUUCGUUUAAAGGAUGGAAUGGCGUUCAGAAAAGUAGAGCAUGCACGUCUCGCCUCCACCCUGAGUCUGAAGGUAGAAAAAAUGCUACUUUUCUUGCCUCCAAGAUGUGCGCUAUUGACUAGAUUCACACAGUAGUAUUUUGGAAAUGCAACGAAAUGUCUCGCAGCUGAUUGCGAGAAGCUCAUCUGACGACUGUGACUGUUUGCCGACUACGCAUCUCAGAAAGCUCUGAUUGGGGAAUUUUCUGUAGUCCGAUGUACUUCGCAUUCCUGACAACAAAUGUUCAACAAGUCGACCUGGUAAAUUUAGGCCAGACUUAUUUGUUGCUAUCCCAUUGUAGCAAGUUGAAUUUAUUCGAAGCCUUUGAAAGUGCUUAUGCUGCAUUGUUCUCGUAGUUGGAUUUUCCAAACAGGAUUGUCUUUAUUGGUUACAUUUUAACAUAUGGCUACACUUUCCAGAGAGAGGGAAUUUUUUUCUUAAAAUUGAAGCACUGUUUUCCUGGAAAAAAUUCCAACAAGGCAAAAGCCACGAAACGUGCAGAAUUUUUCGAAAUUAUGAAAUUUCGUAACCUCUUAUUCAACUGCGUACGUCGAUUGUAUUAGCAAGAUAAGAUAAGCACAAACUUGCCAGUGGAUGAAACCAUCGGUAUUUGUGAGCAUGCGACGGAAACAUGUUUGCCACCAGGACAACUCCAGGAAUUCUACAGAUAUGCUCGAAGAAUGUAUAAUUCUUGUUCACCAGAAGGUUUUGCCGACAGAUCGGUGGUCUCGCUAUGGUUACUGCAUUGGGGCCACUCCUAGCGGACAUUUUCAUGUUAAAUCUCAAACGAAAGUUAGCCCAAAGCUUACAGCGAACCGCAUUCUAUACUUAACGUGUGGAUGACGUUUUCGCCAUAGUCAAACGCCCAAGGGACGGAGAACUACUUAAGGCACGUGUGAAGAUCAGACCUACGAUCAAGUCUGAGAAGAACGAUACAGCCCUUCUAAGACGUCCUUGUACGUAGGUUGGCAGAUGGUCCUAUUCAGGUAUCCAUCUAGCGAAAAACCACCUGGAAAGGAUUGUACGCAGUUGUGCCUCCAAUACCUUCAUCUGCGACCGUCUCUGAUGAUGGGUUCGGGUGAGAAUCCGAAACGUCAGGCCAAUAAACUUGUUCCAAUGAUUGCAUCCUCUUCUAAACUGCUCCCCUGGGACUCGCCUGUUCGCUUCUGUCAGUUUAUUAAGGGGCCACAGAAUUUUAUAACAUGAAUAAAUUCGCAUGUUUCGUUUCAAUUUUUUUCUUGAUCUUUGAUUAUAAGCAAGAUUUAGUUCCGCAGUCGUCAAAGGCGAUUAGGUAAUUAUGGCCUGUCUAAGUAAGGAAUUUUGCGGCUUUUAUAGCUAGGAGGCCGAGAACGUUCGUCAGACAGUCAGCCAUUUUUUGUACCUAGAUUUACGAUUGUCCUUAUUACAGAUAAGGUAUAACAGCAUUUUAAGAAUUGUAAACUUUAGUUUUGGCAGUAGUUCGAGAUUCAGCUCUACCACCAACCCGUUUUCCCUUUGGCCGUGAGCUUUUCAUUGGCCUGCCUCCCCCCUCCCCUUUCUAAUAGUUUGCCUCCUAAGGGUGUUAACUCAAAUCUUAUUUUUGUUCUGCAUGUCCUUUUGGGAAGAACCAAUAUUUUUCUCCUUAAUUCUAGGAGUUGCAAUCCAUGAACAAGGAUGACAUGGUCGCUGUUUUCAAAAUCAGCCCAAAUCAAGAGGAAAAUCUUUUCGAGUGGAAUGGUCACCUUCACCCGGUAAGUAUUCCUCUCGUCUCUCGGCUAGUUAAACCCUAGAGGCAUGGCCAGUCGUCCUCAUAGAUUAAUAUCUAGCUCUAGCGGUAAGUUCCCUCAAACCACUGAGGGCCAGCUCACAUUACUUAAUAUUGUAAUGCACCCUAAGUUGCUGAGUCUGGUACUGUAGGAUUUCUAUCUGGAGAAUCAAUGUUCGGAAGGGGUCAACAGUUGUAUGUUAGUUUCACUGUAACCUACUCAGGGUUCAAACAGCGUAAACAAAUUUUCACGACUUCUGUAAUAGACUUGUAUUGAAUUGUCUGUGUGACUCCUGGUUACUGCGUGUGUGGUUAGGCGCGAGGCUUAGGUGAGAAGGAGGCGUGACAAGUCAGGCGAUCUGGCACCGCCUGGGGGUUUGUCUUUCGUAUCGGUUGACGGUGCACGGAAAGUUGAUUUUGGCCACUGUUAAUUCAAGGCUCGUACAAAGGCCUUUUGUGAACAUAGGAUAUGAUUGUGUUGGUAUAUUACGACCACCGUCCGUGGUAUAAGCCCUCGUGUCCAUUUUUAUUGGUUCACGCGUACCACACAGUUGGACAUUACUGACGUCCUGGCCAAGCCAAAGCAGACACUGCUGACGUAUCUUUUGGGCCAAAUGCCGAUCUUUCCGACCUCUAAAUUCCAUUGUUUUCAAACAAAAUUUGGUCUUGCUUCCUUUAGACGAGCCCACCCUACAACCAAGGCGCUUUCAAGCUGCACAUUGAAUUUUGCCCCGAGUUUCCCUUCAAGCCACCGAAGAUCCUCUUUAAGACCCCCAUUUAUCACCCAAAUAUUGACGAAAAGGGGCAGAUAUGUCUCCCACUCAUCGCGCCAGAAAACUGGAAACCUGCCACGACCGUUCCCAACAGUUAGUUUUUCUUUUAUUUACAAGGAUCAUAAAGUUGCGUUGCACGUUUACACUCUUAUAUGCAUCAUUUACGCGUAAAAAAUGUCCCCGGGUUCUGCUGUCAUAGUCCAUAUUAUCUUGUUUUUAGUCAUCCAGAAACUUCUUGCCCUUCUGGCUGACCCAGAGAUUGAGCACCCUCUGCGUGCCGACCUUGCGGAGGAAUAUGCCCGAGAUAAGAACAAGUUCCUGAAAAAUGCGGAGGAGUUUACUAAAAAAUAUGCUGAGAAGCGAUCUUGA